AUGUUCAAACGCACGAAAUUGAAGAAGGUCUCAAAUCCCUUCAAGUCUUCAAAGAAAGCUGAACCGGCUUCAAGCUCAACAACGAACUCGCCAACUAAAACCUCAACAAGCAAGACUAAUGUACUUAGGUCAGCUAAUAUAUCAGAUCUUACUGCUUCAUCAAGUUCUAAAAUGUUUAACCCAAGAGAGCUUUAUAGUUUUGGAUUUACAGGGAAAGUAAUUACGAUGGCCUUUGAUUUUACCCAGAGUUUGUUGGCACUGGCAACUGAAACAGGAGAGCUCCGUAUAUACGGUGAAAAACAAGUAGAAGUUGUUAUACCCCUCGAAAAUAAAAUCCCGAUCGUUAAAAUGAAGUUUGUCAAGGGUAUCUACCUUAUUGCAGUAGACGCUAAAGACACCAUCUUAGUGAUAUCUUUAUACUCUAAAAAAGUUUUAACGACGGUGUUUUCUCCGAACAGAAUCACAUGUAUGGAGGUAGACCCAUCUCUUGAUUGGAUUUUCUUUGGCCUCCAAAGCGGCACAGUGAUGAUUUAUGACAUUGAUCGUAAUCAAUUUUCCAAUAUGAAGAUAGAGAAUUUACAGAAAGCGAAAUUUUUCCCCAAAGAUCGUUUAUCACCUGUUGUUUCCAUUCAAUGGAACCCUAGAGAUAUCGGAACUGUAUUAAUUUCAUAUGAAUGGGUAACGGUAACUUAUUCAUUGAUUGACGGAGAUAUUAAGCAAAGUUUCAUCUAUGAUCUACCUCCAUUUUCACCAGGCGGGAAUCCAUCUAUGAAUGUUGAUAAACUAAGAAGACCAAAGGUGAUUCAGUCAUUAUAUCAUCCCAAUUCUUUACAUAUUUUAACUGCUCAUGAAGAUAACUCAUUGGUCUUUUGGGAUGCUAAUACGGGAGAACUGAUUCAGGCAAGGUCCUUGCUAGAGACGGAUGUCAAUAUUCCUCAAGCAGGUUUAAUAAAUAAUACAAAUGGUGACAGUGGUCCUCAAAUCCUUAGCGUAGAUUGGAUAUGUCAAAGUGAUCCUGAGUAUACAUCACUAGUGAUAGCCACAGGCACUACGACAGGAACAGAAAAUAUACAAGAUUUAACUAUGCUUGAUCUCGGAGGAACACCAUUAUAUUCACUAACUUCAUAUGAAGGUAUGAGUAAAUAUUAUUCAGUACCAGUUCAAGAAAGACAUUUCCCAUUGGUUAACAAAUCAAAAAUCCGGAGUUUAUUGCCAAUACCUAAAGCAUCACCAUAUUUUCAUGGCUGUCACGAUCCAAGUUUUAUAUUAAUACUUUUGGAUGACGGCGAAAUUGAGACGUUGUUGUAUCCAUCUGGUUUAUUUACAUCAAAGGCGUCGUUGUUUCCUCAAAAUAUUUCUUGGAUCCGACCUGUUGUUACCAUGUCUAUGGCAGUUGCUGUCCCUUCUAAAUUAUGGUUAGGAAUGAUGUCAUCUAAUUCUGCGAAGGAUUCCUUAUUAAAAGGUGGUUCUUUGACAAAACGACCAAUGCGAAAACAAGAGCUAAGGUCAGUUAUUGUAACAGGUCAUACUAAUGGAUCUCUAAGGAUUUAUGACGCAUCACAUGGUGAGUUGGAUGAUUCUUCGGUUUUUGAUGUUAAUGUUUCUCAAAUUUUGAAUAAAUCAACUUCAGUCUCCAUUACACACGCAUCCUUUGCCACUGAAACCUUAGAAUUAGCUGUAUGUGUAGAGAGCGGGGAUGUUGUUCUGUUCAAAUUUGAAGUGAAUAAAUUUUAUGAUCCUGAAAAUAAAAACAAAGAGAAUAACCUAGCUUUGGAGUUUGGUCGAUUUUCGCUGAAUGAUCACAAAGAAAUACUUAUUGACGUUAAAUCGAGAGCUUCGAGGUAUGUUAAACAAGGAUUUAUGCCAAUUACCGCUGUACACGCGAAAAGGGGAAGAAUUUCGGCAGUUACAAAUAGUAAUGUUGGCUUUGUGGGUAUUGCAUAUGAAGAUGGGUCUAUCUUAGUUAUAGAUAGAAGGGGUCCAGCCGUGAUAUUCAUGGAUAACAUAAGAAACAUAUCAGGAAUAAGAGGCCAAAACAUUACUGCUAUUGAAUUUUCUAUAAUGGAAUAUGGACAAGAUGGCUAUUCAAGUAUAUUAAUGUUCUGUGGUACGAAUAAUGCUGAAAUAUUGGUAUAUAGAGUAUUCCCUGAAUCUAAUGGAAGAUUUGCCGUAGAGUUUAUCGAGUUCACAAAAACGAAUGAUGCUGGAUCAAUCAGCAAAAUAGACACGUUCGCUAAAGCAAAUAAAAUCAGCUGUAGUGCCACUAUAUCAAGAAUGCAAGAUUUAAGUAAAGGUAUUCCUAUUCCAGGUUAUGUUUGUAUAUCGGGUCAAAGUGAUAUUAGAAUAAUCAAGCCAGGUAAAUCAAAGGAAUCACACAGAUCUUUCAAGUUCCCACUUGCAGCUAGUGGGUUAUCACAUGUCUACAUGAUGAAUAGCAAGGGGCAAAGAGAGUUAAUGAUCAUAUUAAGUUGCUUAUUGAUAAAUGGUGACAUUAAAAUCUUGUCAGUACCAGAUUUAAAAGAAUUAAAAUCUUCGCCGUCAUUAGUACCUGUACAUUCAGCAUUCAUGAAUGGUUCAUCAGUAUUGAAAAAUGGUGAAAUUGCAGUAAGAAGUGGGAAAUUCAAAAUGUCAUUGAUUUCUCUUGUUAAUGACCCUAAAUCUGAGAUUACAAAAAAAUCUGUUGAUACUGAUACAUUGUACAAUCCAAACCUUAGAAUAAAAUAUAGACCACAAGUGAAUACAUUACAAUGGGCAAGAGGUACAGUCACAUGUACUCCUGAACAGUUAGAUAUAUUACUCGGUGGGGAAAGGAGACCGGCAUCUAAAUACCAAGAGAGUUUAAUAGCGAAGGGUACUCUUACAGUGAAACCUACUGAUAAACCAGGAGCAAGUUCACCUCAGUUAUAUAAGAAACCAGUGAGACAUGGAAGAAGUAGUCAUUAUGGGGUUCUAAAGAGUGUUAGUCGUGCGGUUGAGACACAUUGGGAUGUGCUUGAAGAUAAUUUUAACGAUUAUGCUACAGCUGUCGGUGAAGGUAUGAAUGAUGCAGUGGAACAAACUGGGAAAGAUUUAGUUAAAGGAUCUCUUGGUUUUUAA